AUGAAAAUAUUGUAUUUGAUUAUACUAUGCUGCAUUACUUCCUUUAGACACUUUCAAUUUUGUUCAAAUAAUAAUGUUGUCGAAAAUAAUAAAACACCCCAAAUAUUUAGGAAAAGGCCCCGCAAAAAUAAUAAAAAUGAUUUGACUAAUGUAAUAGAUUUCUCUUUUAUAAACACAAAUAGCGAGGGAAAUAAAUCAGAACAUCCUGAAAAUGAAAAAAACAAAAAUAAUGAACACGUCGAAAAUAAAGAAAACCCAAAAGUAAAGGACAAUCAUGAUCAAGAAAAAAAUGACGAUAAAGGCAAAAAGGAUAAAAAAACAGACAAAAAAAAAGAUAUGGAAGAUGAUGAUUUUGAUAUAGAAGAUUUUGACGACGAUGACGAUGAUGAUGAUGAAAUAGAUGAAAAAAAAUCCAAAACAAAAGGAAAUAACGAUAAAAAUAAAAAAAUAGAGGAAAAGAAAAAUGAUGAAAAGAAAAAAGAUGAUAAGAAAAAAGACGACAAUAAAAAAGAUGCCAAGAAAAAAGAUAAAGACGAUGAUGAUGACGACGAUGAUAAUCUUGAUGACGAAGGUGAUGACGAUGAUGAUGAUGAUGAAGAUCAAGAGGAUAAACCCUCCAAAAAAAAUAAAGGAAAUAAUACAAAAGACGAAAAGAGUAAUAACAAACAUACAGAAAACUUAAAAGCUGAGAAAAAAACAGAUAAAGAAAUAAAAAAACACAAAAAUAACGAAGAUAUUGAUAAUACCCAUAAAAAGGAAAAUCACAAUAAUAAUAAUAAUAGUAAUAAUAAUAAUAGUAAUAAUAAUAAUAGUAAUAAUAAUAAUAGUAAUAAUAAUAAUAGUAAUAAUAAUAGUAGUAAUAAUAAUAAUAAUAAUAAUACCGAGACAAAUAAUAAUCAUCAUGAGGAUAAUCACAACGAAAACAAUCAAUCAAAAACAAACUCAACCAAUUCAAAUACAAAUCAUUCUGAGCAAAAUCAUAAUGGAAAUAUAAGUAUGCCUAAUGUAAUGGAAUCAAUGUCCCCCAUAGUUGGGUAUACUUUUCAAAAAAAGGACAACACACCUAUUACCCAUCCCAUUAAUACGAUAUCAAGUGAAGAUAUAAACAUUCCUGAAGAUAUUAAGAAAGACUUUAUGAAAUUAUUAGCAAGCGUAAUUAAACUUAACACUAAAGAUAGUUCACAUCCUUCUAAUCAAUUUAUAGAAAAUAAUAAAUCAACGAAUCCAUUAUUACAGAAUAAUCCUAACCAUGAGCAUGCAAACAACUCAUCAUUUAUAAAAAACAUAUAUUACCAUUUCAAAAACCAUUUAUCAUAUUACAUAAUAGGAACGAUAGUUUUGUUUAUUUUAACAUUGCUAAUUCAGGCUUCAAAUGUAAGUGAUGAUAAUAAAAAAAAAAAAAAAAAAAUUAAAAAAGAUAGGAGCCAAAUUUCCAAUUACAGACGAACGGUUGAGUGCUAA